AAACCAAACGCCUGACGCACAAAAACACCUUUCGCUUUCAUUUCACGAGGAAGAGGGUCGUGAAAAAAAAUUUUUAUGGUCCGCUCACCGACGGAUUCCGAUUUUCAUACUUUUGAUCGGUUCAGGAAUAUCUUUGUUACAAGCAGCCGAGUCGCCGAGUUGAGUGAUCUCGAGAAAAGAGCGUCACGCGACAUCUGACACAAUUGUAUGCAAGUUUGCUGAUGCAAGCGUAUGGCGGUUUUUACAAUGUAUCAACGACGAAGCGGUAAGUUAUGCUGGCAUAGACAUAAAAAGGUUACCUUAGGCCGGUAUUAGUUGUAUAUUUGAAGGGUUUCCUUACGACGUUUGUGUUGAUCGCCAAAAAAAGAUAGAUUCUGUAACAUGGCCAUGCGAUUAAAAUAAAGGGAAGCUGUUCAGUCUUUAUUGUGCCUUUAUAAUGCCACAGCUUGUUUUAAUUGAGAAGUUGUUUUUAAAUUUUCAAGUGAUGAAAUAAUUGGCUUUAAAAGUAGAUGAACUUUUUUUUAGCCAUUUCCUUUUAUUUUUCUUAGUACAGGUUUGUACACAUGUAAGCUUAAGUUAAACUCGCUUCUGCAGCUGGUUUCAAACCCUAGCUUGCAGCUUAAUAGAUUUUAAUUAAACCGAGAUAAAAAUCAACAUUUGAUAAUAAAAAUUAGGGAAAGGAGUUUUACACAAUGUUUUGAUGUCACCAUGACAUCAUUAUCAAGAUAAGAAACUAAAAUCUGACUUAAUAUAUUAUACAGUUUGAAGUGACAAGGUAAACUAAAGAACAAAAGUAGCAUGUUUACUUGUGUAAAUGACAAUGAAAAUAUGUUAAACAAACAGUUUUGACCAGAUGGAAUCUGAUUGUGUAUUUAAGCGUGGUUUCUUCUUCUGAGUAAAAAGCAUUUUGAAAAUCAGACGGUCUAAUUUCCCAUUGCACGUACUUCUUGUGUACGUAGAAGUUGCUGAUAAAGUUGACUAUAGUUUCUAGGUCGUGAUCGUUCUUUUAGUGCUUUCUGAUUGCCGAUUGAGGGUGUUCAUCAAUGUGUUGGUGAACACCAUCACCACAAUAAUUGUUAAUCAACAUCUGUACCUAAAAUGCAAUGUUUCACCCUACCUUGUGUGAACUUCCACUGUCUCCCUUCAGACAGCAUUAUGAACUAUCUUUUACUUAAAAUCUUGCAACUUAAUACUUACUGUGUUUAAAAUUAUUCUAGUCAAAGACAUUCUCUUUGCAGCCAUUAAUAGGGUUGUCACACAGUGCUCCUUCUUAAUCCUGAGCAUUGCAUGACAACCCCAUGAUGUCAUCAAAGGAGACCAUAAACAACACAAUUUGACAGAUUGUUUUUUCUUUGCUUGUUUUUUAGGUAGAUACAUAUGCCAGAACCUUGGCAAUGGAACCAGAAAUUACCAAACUUGGAAACUGAUCUAACAGCAAAACAUUUUUGUUGUGAUGCCAUAUUGUGAUGAAUAUCUAAGAAUCAUAGAAAAGCUCCAGGGAAAAUAUUACCAAAUUGGAGAAUUUUUUCUUUCAAGGGCAUUCACCUCCCUAUAGUAUGUCUACUGCUACAGCAUUAUUACAGGAAUUGGAAUGGCUUAGACGGAAUGGCCAGUCACAAAGCAAUGUGGUGGGUAUAUCUGGACUAGUGAAAUUCCUAUACACUAUACCUGUAACAACUAUUUUCAUUUCAUAUUUUCUCCAACCCUUUCUUAUUCAAGACUUGUUAGUACUCUCGUGCACUCUUUCCCCACACGUGCUGUUGGUUAUGGUCAGAGAAUUUAAAUUUUGCUUCGGCUCAUAUUACUACCCAGGCAUGUAUCUCCUUCAUUUCACUUAAUGUACAUGUACAUUAAGUAGCAAGAGUGACUAGUCGAUGGGGAGCCACAGGGGAAUUGGUGGUAGAAUUCAAAUUCCAGAGACGUAGUUGCAAGCUCUCCUUCCUUUUCCUGCCCUGCCACCAGAGUGCCCCGGAUAGCUUGCUCGCAGGUUGUACCGAUUCUCCAUAGAGUUUGUGAAGUAUGGAAUACAAGACACGGACUAAAAAAGCUUCAAGUGACAUUCAGUCUUUGUAUCUUUUUUGAUUCCUUUUUCUAGUUAGUUGAAGUGAGUGCAAACCACAACAUUCUCUGCAGUGAAAAACUUUUUGUUCCCCAUAUUGACAAGAACAAGCCUAUAACAUGGACAUUCAGAAUAAAAUCAAGUGUAAGUCAGUGUUACUGAAUUAAAGACAGAUACAGCUGUAUACUUUCUGUAAGCCACUGAUCAAAUCUUGCCAAAAACUUGUUUUUGGCUCACUUCCGGGCGAUUCCGAGCGAGUUUUAGAUCUGCAAUUGUUCUGUCUAGAGGACACUAUGGAGAAAUUCUGUGGAAGACUCACAGGAAAAACUCGCCACGGAAAACUCGCUGGAAUAACCCUGAAACGGCCAAAAUUGUUAAGAAGAAGGAAGAAGAUCAGGAAGAAAAGGAUUAGAAGAAUCAAGUUGUUGCAAGUUGCGCGAAUACUGACAUCUGACUGGAUAAAAUUGAAUGGGAAUCACACCAAACACGGGUGUUACAUCACUUGCUGCACAAAAUAAGUUUGCCUUGGGCUGUUGAAAUGCACAAUUGAACAAAUUUUCUUGCAUAAAGCAGAACCACUCUCUACUUGCGCCUGCAACAACCUGAUUUAUCACAAGACAUGUUUUAUUCAUGGGUUGCAAAACGUGCAGCAUUGCUAUUCAUAGCCUGUUCCAGGCAUUCAGAUAGAAGAGUGCAGGCGAAAUUGACAUGGGGCGGGGAGGGGGGGGGAACGAGGGGAGGCAAGAGAGCGAAAGGGGAGUAGGAGGAGAAGGUUCUCUCACUAUCAUGCCAGUCUCCCCUUGUUUUUCCCCCAUUUUCCAUGGGUAUGAUUUAACUCGCUCCCCACCACCUGAAUGCCGCCUCUAUGUUUUGAAAGUGUGGAACAGGCUACACUAUUCAAGUUAAGUUGUACGUUUUUGUUGCCCAUUUUAUCGUGCGUUUAUAACCUUUGGAUUUAAGCAAUAGAAAACGUUUUCCGUGUUUGCAUAGCCUGAUAUAAACAUGAGAGGUGUUGGGAGAAUUCUCUACAGUUAUGCAAACCCAAGACGAAGACUUUCCCGCGAAAAAAGCAAAACUCUUUGUUAUGGCACUGAUUAAAAGAGAAAUUCUUACCAGUCACAAAGUCUUGUACACGAAGUCUUGCACGCAUAAUCAGUUCUUGCUUUGCAAAAAGAUGCUAUUCAAAAUACGCAUUUUUCUCGCUUAAACUGUCAGCUUAAGCAAAAAAAAUUGACACACCUUCUUUGUAAAGAUUUUCCAAGUUUCAGCUGACAGAGGAAUGGGUAAAUAAAGUAAACUUGUCGAGUUUUGAACUUGAAAACUUUUUCAAAUUCGUGCUUGCGUGAUUAGCGUGCGAAAAGCAAAACAUUUUGACGCCACAACCAUGUUUACAUACUCUCAUGCAAACACUCCUCUCAGCCAAUCAGAGCGUUCGUACUAUCUUGGUUAUUUUAUAAAUCAUUAUACUGAGGAUGUCCUCUUUAACUGCUCUUUUGCCAUUGCUAUAUUGCAUGUUCUUUCAACAAAACAAAACGAUAGACCAUUUUACAGUUAUCCUAGCCUUUGAGUGAAUGUGAGGUUGAGGUUGACCUUGUUUUGAUACAAACCUUCUUCUUUUUCUUAUGGAAAUUAUGCUUAAAAAAUACUAGUUAGCAUAAGAUCUAAUGACAUGAUUUACAUGAUAAAGCAGGAAGGGUUGUAUCAAAACAAGGUAGACUCCAGCCCCGUUUCCACCUUUAACGGUAAAAUGGACUAUUAAAAAUAGUCCUUUGUACAAAUAUUCCCUUUAUCCGCAUGUUUUUAGAGCCGCGUUAGCAGAUGGUGCAAGUUGCGUCGUGUAUUUACUUUGGAUCCAUAUCUUCCGGAGUACAGCAUAGCCCAGGUUAAAGUUAGUGAUACCCUGUGGACAAAAUUACCCCAAGGAAGUCAGGAAUGGGAAUCAAACACAGGUUUUCGGAUGGAUACCUGCCAGAUAACCCUCCGAUUUGAAUCUGCAGACUAUGGUAGCUUUCAACAGCGACUUGUAUUUGAUUUUGCUGAGCGGCCUCUUGUGUUCAGGCAGCUUGAGGUGGUUGUUGCUCCUGAACAGAGCUUGAUGCAUACCAUUCAAUACCCGGUAGUGUGUGAUGAAGACAGUGAGCUCUCGUGGCUGGCCAAAUACAAUAUGAUUCCCUUUGACCCUCAGAAUUCACAAGGUAAAUGUUGUUAAAAUUAUGACUGUCAUGUAAUAAUUUACCGGUCUGUGAUGUAAUACAUGUACAGGAUAUGUUAAGUUUACUAUUUCUUUAAUUUUGCCACUUGUAAUUUACAAGCGUUACGGUCGCGCCUCUGACAAUUUGGAUGUCUUUGGUCGUGUCCUUAUGCUAGAAGCUUUGGCUUGCAUGUUUCGCAUGCGAUUUUCUUGACAUUUUGUGCAUUAUAGCGGAUUACGCAUGAAAUACUCGUAGAUUUAUACCCGUGGCCAGUACUUUCUCUUUGUUAUCUGGGACUGUGUCCUCAAAGGAACCCUUCAGUGUGCGUCCUCGUUUCACACUUUCGCUUAUUUCUGUAGAAGUAUAAUCUCAUGAUAUACCCGUGUAAAAGCGCAUUGCAUUUUUUGUUCCAGAACAAAGGAGGUCUGAAUUUCCUCUUCCUCCCAACCUGGGGACAGCAUUAGAGUAUGGCCAUUUUGAUCAUCUUGAUGAUAACCUUACCCCUGAACAGUACAGGCAGCGUCUUCAUUUGCUUCUUCAUAUUGAAGAGUUUGAGCGUCGCCGUCAGAUGACAAGGUUCUCUCGGUGUUUUCUGUUCUUCAGUAAUAAUUUUUUAGCCUUACUGCGCUUUUCACAAACAUGCGAAUUCUGAAGUUCAAAAGCCAACUGACGAUUGCGUUGUUCGCUGCCGUCAAUCAUCUUGACGGACCUCUUAGGAAACGAAACUUUACUCUAACGGGUUCAAGGUCAUGCUUUGUGAUUCGUGAUUGGUGGAUUUCGAUCCGUUAUGUGUGUUUCUGUGUUUCAAGGUUCGUUGCUUGUGAUCGUAAUUAUGAUUGACGGCAGCGAAAAAGGCAAUUGUGAAGGCGGUUUUUGAACUUUAGAGUUCGCAUGUUUCUGAAAAGCGCAGUAAUUGUAACUGAACGAAUAGGAUAUCUGCAUGGGUAAAUUAUUAGACGCACUGUUAACAAAUUUCUCCUGGCAGCAUAAAAGUAGACCUUCAGUCCAGUCAAAGUUUUUGCACAUUGAAGACCGUUCCAUGUGAUGCAGCUAGCAUUGGCAAAGGCUCUCUGAUCAAGAGUUUUAAAGGAACGCUCAGCGAGUAGGAAAGCACUAAGAACGUGACCAUCACUGUUGUGACGAUUGGUGCUUUAUUAACAUUGUUAAAUUAUGUAACGUGAACACUACUGCAGAGUCCUAUAAGGCAUAGAUUGCAUUGCUGAUUAUACCACAAUUUAUUUCACUUGCACUGGAUGAUUAAUGUGCGACUGAUAUGCAAAGAGGCGAGAGAUUCGCCCGUUAUACGGGCGGACACAAAACACCUUCUGAUUUUCGCCAUUUUUUGCCGGUAUAGUAUUAAUUUCUCCCGUGUCGAUCAAUAAAGGGAAAGCAGAUUUACAGUGUGUAAUGUAAUGGAGAAACAAGUGUUACAGUCUCGAUAAUUUGAAUAUUCCUUGUAAUCCCUGUUGCUAUGUUUCGGUUUAUUUCCUUCAGGCUUACAAUUCACUGCUCUAAUUUGCUGUACUGCCUCCAGGCAUGUGCCACCGAUCCUUCGCAACUUACUAUUGUCCUGCCAAUCGAGGAGGACCUCAUGGAUGAUGCCAACUUGUUAAUCAGUCGUGGAGGUUAUGCCCUCUUGCGAAUCCAGCCACAUGACUCCCCGAUUCCAGUAUUGUAUGAAGUUGUGGUAGAGAGCUUGAGAAAGAAUCGCGUUUUGUUACGUGCCAGCAGCGAUCUCCAACAAGUGUUGAAAUCAAGAAGACCUCUUCCCGCGUCACUGUGCUUUCGUUUUGUUGAUACAUACCAGCAUAUGCAUUGGGCUGCAGAACGUGUGAGUCUUGAAGUGGUAUUCCCUACAGUACCGCAAGGAAACUCAAAACAGAGGCCCUUUGCCUCUGAUAGCCGUCACCUGAACGAAUUGCAAAACUAUGCCUUAAAGCAGAUGUUACUGCCCAAUGCUGGACCACCGCUGCUGAUUCUUGGGCCGUUUGGGACAGGGAAAACCAGAACUAUCGCUGAAGCAAUGAAACAGUUAAUCACCAUCCAGCUGAACAAUCACUCUGUAGACUUCAGAAUCCUUCUAUGCACGCAUUCAAACAGCGCUGCCGAUCACUACAUCAAAAGCUACCUCCAUCCUUUCUUGACUCGAUCACAGAUCCCGCAUUCACGGUUCAAGCCGCUACGCAUUUGCUGGGAGAACCGUUUUGUAACCACGGUCUCCGAUGAGGUGUUACAGUACUGCCUUCUGGACAUGCACACCGGUAAGUUUGCCAUUCCCACCGUGGAGACGUUAAGGAGACAUCGAAUCGUGGUAACCACUCUGGUGACGGCUGCAUCGAUCGCUCAGCUGGAUCUUCCAGCUGGAUUUUUCACGCACAUCUUCAUUGAUGAAGCUGCGCAGGCCAUGGAAGCUGAAACCAUCAUCCCUCUCUACUUGGCUGGACGUAACACUCAAAUAGUCCUGGCUGGAGAUCAUCUGCAGGUAUUUGCUUUCAACUUAAACCCUCAGAAUCUGUUAAAUGUAGUGAAUACAGUGAUGAAAUGAAAAUGAAGAAAUGAUUGUCGCAGUGAACGCAAUUUAUGCAAUUGCGUAAAGAAGCCUGAAAUAUUGAUGACUUAUGGUAAUCAUAGCGCGUCAUUGCUUAUAGUUUUGCUUUUUUUAUUUUUUUGGUGUUGUUGUGAUGUUGUUUUUUCUUGACGCAACUCACAAGAUUGUUGCUUUAAGAGUCUUACUUUAUCAGGAGAAUAUAUACAUGUGUAAUUUUCGUAAGUUUGCGAAAACAAUGGUGGAAAUAUGGCUUAUUCGAUCCAGAGUUUUCUCAGCUUGGCAUACUUGUUUUCUUUUGUGUUGUUUUAGCUCAGUCCUCCCGUGAUGUCGACCGUUUCUCGCCAGCUUGGUCUUGGUCGUCCUCUUCUCGUGCGGCUGCAUGCAAUGUACCCUGCCAUAUCAAAGUGGAAAGUUAUGUUACUGCAGAACUACCGUGCUUAUGACGACAUAGUAGAAGUGCCUUCUCAUCUGUUUUACCAAGACACGCUUGUUGCCAAGUUGAAGCGUCCGUCCAGUUUGCAUUAUUCUGUUGUGUUCUACGGAGUACACGGGCAGGAAGAGAUAGCAGAUGAACCGCCCUCGUUUUUGAACAGGGGAGAAGCUGCAGAAGUUACCGACCGCGUGGAAGAAUUGAUAGCUAACUGGCCGUCGGAGGUCUGGGGAGAAGCUUCUCCAUCACGAAUAUGUGUCUUAGCACCUUACCCUCCUCAGGUAAAGACCCCAUUCUUUUCUAAAAAGUGUUUUCGAACCGGAAUUAAAUAAUACCAAAGAAACGAAUUGCUGUAGGUAGUUUAUGUUGACAAAUCACACUUAGAGAUCUGCAAGUUAAAGUCAGUCAUCUGACAACGACUUGCCCAACCAUAAUUUGAUAAGGACUGAAGAAAUCUGUCCCACACGUGUAGUCGGACAAAAUAAUCAGACACAUCAUAUACUAAAGACUAUCAUAAAGUAAGUAAAGAUUUGCAUAGUUAUUACAAAAAAUGGAAUUCAACCCAAUCUGUGUGUGGCAACUUUUUUGAACUGCCGAUAAAAAAGGUGACGUGAUCAAACAUAAUAUUGCUGUUCAUUUUUUUUGUCAGGUGCGAGAAAUCAGGAGACUUCUUCGUUCAAAGUCUUUAGGAGAGGUCCAAGUGGAGGGUGUGAAUAAUGUCCAAGGUGAGAACAGUUCGAAAUCACAAUGUGCUUAAUGAAGAGAACAACGUACAGUAACUCGGGGCCUCAAUAAAAAUCACUCUUUGUGAAGUGAGUUCCCUGUAUGAAGAUUGCUUAUAGUAUAACAACACUGGGUUUCUGACUUCUCGAAACCAGAGAGGUCGGGUUUGUUUAGACAGGGUCAACAGUCAUCACUUUCUUUUUUUGUUAAUUAAGUGUUUAUGCUUUUGUUUUAGGUCUAGAGUUUGAUAUACUAUUCAUCAGCACAGUGCGAACCAACAAACUCAACAAAGGUUAUGUUGCAAAUCAAAAGAAUCUGGGAUUUCUGUCUGACAGCAAAUUGUUAAACACAGCCAUCACCAGAGCUCGGUAUCGACUUGUAGUCAUCGGUGAUCCUGUUGCUCUGUGUUCAAUGGGAGAGUGCAGGGUGUGUUGGAAAUCAAUUUUAAGCAAGUGCAAUAGUAAUGGGACAUUUCACUAUCGUCUUCCGUUUGACACCCUUGCUAGAAUGACCAAGGAAGCCAAAAGUAACGCAUGUCAGAAUGGAAUAUUCGAUGCAUCCAUUCCUUGUAAUAAUAUUGUGAAUUCAAUACCAGCCUCACAAGCACCUAUUCCACCCCAGCAGUUCCCCGGCCAUUUCGCUGGGUUUCCUUUCAUGGAAAUGCCGCACAAUAACGCUCAUCUUUCAAGCAGGCCUCCGGUAUUUAUUGGCAGUCCUGGUCCUGUAGUUUUUCCAAGGCACUCCCUGCCACUGUCAGUGCAUUCUCUCCCUGCUAUUCGAAACCCGUUUCAGCAAUCUGCCUUGAUUAAUGGACUUACACCUAUUGGACCUCUUCCACAAGGAAUAGGCCUGUCAUGUCCGGUUACUCCAUGGUCCUCCCACCCACAGUUCGCGCAAAAUACCACACCUGUGAGGUCGCCAUUAUUCGCAGACCAACAGUUGGUUCAAAAUCCCUCUCUUGGUAGUGUGUUAGGCGCUGAACAGCGGAUACGUCAAAAUACUAGCCGCGUCGAGACAACAUAUAAAGACCCACAACGACUACAACCACAGCUUCAACCACCAGCUACAUUUCUCAUGCGUCAGCAACCUCCAAACGUCUCCUCUGUAGGGACAUUAGCCAGUCAGCAACAGCAAGUACCAAAGACUCCUUCCACAUCGAAAAAGGAGUCCACACUGGUCACACCAGUUUCAGGUACUGCAACUGUUGUUCCAUCACAUUUGAGCUAUGCAAGCCUUAGGGAGUCAGAAAUAAGGCGGCAAAACGAACCAGAGAGUCAGCGAAGCAAAUCGGCCCAACAUCUCAUUGUCGUGAAUGAAUCACAAAGGGAACUCCUUUUAUCACUCGAAUCUAGCUUGCAAAAUAGUCAAGAGAUGGUGACAAGAGUAAAGGAUCUUAUUGCCAGACUUCAAAUAUCGUUUAGUUCCCCUGCUAACCAGAGUCUUCAAAAAAAUCUCGAAGACCAAAUGAACAUCCUAGAGAAAGAAGUUGAUUUAAUCCAGCGGCAUGUCGAGCUGCAUAGCGCUUUAUCAAGUCAACUUAGGAUUGAAGACUGGCAAAAUGGUGAUAGCAGUGAAAUGCAGUCGUCAUGUACAGACCCCUCCAGUCUGAAUGAAAUGGAGGAAGAUAACGGUGACUCUGACGCUGAGGAGUGGUUCAGCGCCCAACACAGAGAUCCCAUAGUGCAAGAUUAUAUCAAGGCGUUCGAGAUGUUGACUUCUAGAACUGACUCUACUACCGAAGAAGGUUUUUUUCUUCCCGACGAAGCAGAGACCGGCAGACAUCCUGGCACCUCUUCACUUGUUUUAGAGAGCUCCUUGGCCACUCCCAUUGAUAGUGAGGAGGUUUCUCCUUUACGGGGAUGGGUUUUGCAACCCAGCGAGGCCACAGUUUAUAUUGAGAGUUACUCCAUCAACGAAGAAUACCUAGGAGAAGAAGAAGCCCGAUCAAAACUUCAAACUGGUGAACUUGUGGCUUGCCAAUUACAAAUUGACGCCUUCAGCGACGGUAAUACGGCAACAGCAAAAGUUUGCGAUCCAAACAGUCACGACAUCCACAUCGGUAGUAGAGCUGACAUAAACAGGGCAUUUAAUGGAGAUAAAGUCGCCGUGGAAGUUUUUGACAACAACAAACAAGGCUCAAGCAUACCCCAGGGAAAGGUAAAGGCAAUACUGAAGGAAAACCACCCCAGAAAAGUUGUUUGCAAGAUCGACAAUUUUGAUAGGAACAUGAUGACGCCUAUCGACAGAGGCAACUCAAAGUUUGUUAUCCUGCAGAGUAAAGACCACCAAGGCCAAACUGGCGUUGCCGUGUUUGUUAUGAAGGAUGGCAGAAUACAGUUCAAGAGUUUUGUGACAGAGACUGAAGGGAAAUUGUUUCUUGUGCAACUGAUGAAAUGGGGAGCAAGCUACAGGUACCCACUUGGCUUUGUUGUACACUAUUUUCAAGAAGGCGGGGAUCCCCUUAAAGCCAUUUCAAUCUUACUGGCUGAGCACGGAGUUCACAAGCAACACCCAAAGAAAAUCCAUAAUGAGGCCAAAAAGGAUUUUCCCCCAAAAUGGAAGAUUCCCAUGUCAGAGCGCGUCAAGCGGAUAAAGUUUCCUGAGGUGUUCAGCGUUGAUUCUGCUUCUUGUGUCGAAGUCGAUGAUGCUUUGAGCGUUUGUUGGGAACAUGAUGGAACUUACAAGGUGGGUGUCCACAUCGCAGAUGUCUCCUUCUUUGUCGCCAAAAAUUCUCUGUUGGACAAGGCUGCUAUGUUCCAUGGAGCCUCAUUGUACGGUGGAACAGAGAGAGGUUUCCAUAGCCCCAUGCUGCCAUCCCGUGUUGGUACAGAUCUUUGUAGUUUGCUACCAAACGAAGAAAAGCUGGCUCUUUCAGUAGUGUUCCAUUUAAAUGAAGAUGGACUAGAAGUUGGCUUACCUGACAUUCAGCGAAGCAUUGUCACAUCGUGCUGUAAGUUAAACUACGAUCAGUGUCAAGAUGUUAUUGAUGGGAAAAGGCUUGAUGGUGUCGCCGAGAGCGUUCAAAAAGGUAUUGGUAUCCUUGGGCAACUUUCAUUCAAAAUGUGGACAAGAAGAGUUCGUCAAGGGUAUGUCGCCUUCGAUGCUGCUUUUGGGAAACCUAAUGCUUGGUCCUCUUCAAAAAUGGUGGAAGAGUUUAUGUAUCAUACUAACCGUGCAGUAGCCGAGCGCCUUUUCCAAAGCCCCCUUGCUAAGAAGAUCGUGCCGCUGCGUCGACAACUUCCUCCUAAAACACAUUUUCUGCGUUAUAUAUAUGAAUCGUGCAUUGAGAAAGGUAUGCAACCAGACUACUUCUUAACCUUGAAAUGCCUAACAAGAUGUUCCAAUGGUGAAUCAGUCUGCGGAUCUGACGACUCUAUUAGUAUCGAUUUAAAGACAUGGGAAAAGAUAUCUGCUGCUCUGGAUGACAAAGACCUAGCCAAGGUAACUCUUUCCAUUCUACAGCAUGAUAACACCUCCGGUGUUGGUAAAAUACUGGCUCAGCUGAAAUCUCGUCAGGAACAUAGUGAAUAUGUCGCGUCUUCCAAUCUUUCAGCCGAAAUGCAAAGCCAUUUUGGCCUUAAUGCAGCAUCGUAUACCCACUUCACGUCUCCUAUUCGCCGUUACAUAGAUCUCGUUGUUCACCGCAUCUUGUUAGCGGUUUUGGAUGGUGUAGAAAUGCCCUAUAACGAAGAGCAAGCGCAGAGCAUUUGCGAGCAUUGUACGAUGAUGUCCGCUCGGAUUGAUGCUUUUGAAAAACAGUUAGCUGCAGUAUCUAGGGCGGAUGCACUACGAAAGGAUUCGAAAUGGAGGGUGGCUAAGGUGGAGUCACUUUCUCCUGAAAACCUGCUUCUUGGAGGGGAUGAGGUUGAUCACAUCGGUUUCUUCUAUCGAAGCGUCAACAUCCACGAUUGUAAACCAUCUUCCAGGGAGUGGCUUGAGGAAGAGGAAGAAUUGGUUUUGAGCUGGAAUGUUUUGGAGAUCAAUGUGACAGGCCAAGAAACAGGAGGAUAUUCGGGCCAAGGAGAUGAUCUCUUCGGCGGACCCUCGUCUUCUUUAGAACUGGAACCUUCUUCGGGUGUUACUAGACAGUUUUUGGAAAUCCCCCAAGAGUUUUGGACGAAAUUUUUACAGGGCCUUCGUGAUGAAGACCUUCUGGAAAUGAACAGACAAAGGCAAAUGAUUGAUUCAAAUGCUGUAGUCAGUUUCAACAAGACAACUCCAAGCACGUAUGGUAAUUUUGCUCCUGAAGAAUCGAUUGCUAUGAGUUCCAUUGCGCCUCUUCAAGUUAUUAACGCACAUACCAAGUUUUACCGCAAGCGAGACACAAUUCCCGUUUCUUUGGGCGCUGAAAUGAACAGAGGAUUACUUAGGCCCAGUAUACUGGCUGUAAAAUUCUCUGAUGCAAUAGUGUGCUGCAUGCGACAUAGGCGUCAUCCUUCUAAAUCGUUUGGUGUUUCCGCGUUGACGGCUACCAAGGCAACCUACGCAGGCGUAUGGGACUAUCAGUCGGUGAUGCUUCCGCUACUGGAAUGCGAAGCUUCUACGGCUAGUGUCAACUCAGAUGCCGCCAUUCAAAUCAUCCUGCAUAAUGUCUCUGUCCAGUGGAAUGCCAGUAAGUUUGCAACGCGUUAGCCUGAGAAAACAGCCGACAUUUGACGAGGCCAUCACCGAUUUUGCCACAAAAUGGCGUCUGAGGAACGAGUACAGAAAAAUCCUUGGUGAUGACAUGUCACUGCUCAGAUCUGGGUAGUGCUUCUGACUUGUUGAAGCAAAUUUCCCAGGGGCCAGGACCAAUCAGAAGCACUACCCAAAUCUGGGUAGUGAUACUUCAUCAGUCUGGAAUUUCUGGGUUUGGGGGAGACUAGUAGUGGCGUCGUCAACUGUUGGCCAUUUUCUCAUGCUGUUCACAAGUAAGACAUAUUUUGACUGUAAAACUAUAAACGCGUGCAGACUUCAAGUCUCUGUCUGCAUUUGCAAAUAGAUUUGACCAACACAGGACCCUUUUCUGAAAAACAAUUGAACUGUGUAAAAUAUCAGUGUUACCUUAAUUAAAUCUUGGAAACAAAAAAUAGUAUCUGGUAUCUGUGGUAAUGAAUGAAGAAACACUGUAUGUUAGUAAACUAUAUUUCUUUGAAAUAAUAAAUUAGUGCAGUGUUUAUAAUCCUUUUCGAUGGUUACAGUUGUGUCCAAAUUGAAGGACGAAUAUCAUAGUGUCAGCCUCUACCAAAGUACAGUAAGCCGCUGAAGCUAAACAUUACCCAGAAAACAAUAAAUAGCCCUUCAUACGCGUCAUUCCGUUAGUGAAAAUUCCACGUGCUUUUCAAUCACAGAUGCAGGCGAGUUCACCUUACCAACGGCUUUGUGUGUCUGCCAUGGUUUGCAGCUUUGCUGCGGAGACUUUCUUUGUCUCCGAAGCGCCGUGUCUCCUGGAAUUUUCCACUGUCGUGUCGCUGAAGUUGACAGAAAGCAAGACAGAGAAUUAAUUCGCGUCAGCCUGGUGGACUUUCCAGAGGGUUUCUCCGUUGAUCAAUUGAAUAAUGGUGCCAGCCUAUUUAGCCUUGAAGUCAUUGCUCAGGGCCAAGCCUUCCGCCGUAUGAUAAGUAAGAACAGGCACUUUAAAUAUUGUAUUAGAUCUAGUUUUAGUGAAUUUUAAGCGUUAGACCUUCCUGUUAGCCUUCGGUUUGGCGUUUAUAACGGGUUGUGGCACGAAAUAAGAGCGAGGGGUAUCUUACUUUUUUGUUUGUUUUGUUUUUGUAUGUAUGUUUUUCUUUUCUCUCUCUCGCUGUCUUCGUUAUUAGUCUGCACUUUUACCUUCUCCUUUUCGUACCUUAAAUUCAGUUCCUCUGGCUAGUCAUUACUAAAGAAGAAAACCUAACGAACCAGUAGAAAUUCGAAGAUAAAUCGUUUUGCCUGGGCAUAGCUCCUAGUUCGAGCGCCCGAGAUUUACUUUUCUUUUACUCCAACCGAUCGCAAAGCAACUACCACAUUCUUUGAACAGAUAUUUCAAAGCAGCCUCACUUUAAGUUAACUAAAGUUAAUCUACUUUUACUCUUUGCUUAAAGCUGCUGUGAAGAGUCUUGGCAAUGCACCAGAGCUCAUUAGAGGUAUAUUUUUACGAAGGGACUUGCCUUCGUACCUGGCACACAACCCAAGGUUUAAAGGACAAAGAAGAGAGGAGAGCAAGACCCACGUGACCCUUAACCCUGGACAGGAAGAAGCGGUAAACUUGGCCUUGACAUCUCCACUGACGCUUAUUCAAGGACCACCAGGUAAGUGUAGUUGUACUCUUCUACAAUCAAACAUGUAGAGAGCAUUUCCCAUGACGUUACGGCGGCCAUAUUGGUGUUCCAAAACAAUGAAACGGCUGCCAUGAUGGUAUUUCAAACCAAUGCUGUGGGAUUUGAACGUUUUCUUUGUUCCAAUCAAUUUUCAUCGAUGCUGGCCAUGUUAGUGAGAACGCUCUAUGAAUUAAAAGGCUGUGCUCUAAAGAAAACUGAAGGGAGACUGAUGCUCUGAAAUUAUAAAAUCUAGAGUGCCCUGCAUUACCCUGCGAACAGAGGCCCCUCGAUCUUCCUAGUAAGGUCUAAGGGCCUCAGCUCGUAGGGUAGCGCAGCAUAUUAUUUGUAUCAAAAGCCAUUCUUCACUUGUGCCUCUUUUUUUUUGCUGCCGUCGCCGUCGUCAUUGCUAAAACAGUCUAGUUUUUGUUUGUUCUUCUUACUGCCUUGACGAGUGCCGUGUUGCUUGUGUCUUUCAGGUACAGGAAAGACUCUGACGGGCGUUGAGUUAGCGCGCCAGUUUGUAGCCUUGAACAAAAGAGAAGGAACUGGAGGACAAGUUCUUCUCUGUGCCCCGUCCAACCACGCGGUGGAUGUGGCUGCAAGUGGGUGUUUAUUUUCACAAAUUAUAUUUAAUAAUAAUAAUGAUAAUGAUAAUGAUAAUGAUAAUGAUAAUGAUAAUGAUAAUGAUAAUGAUAAUGAUAAUGAUAAUGAUAAUGAUAAUGAUAAUAAUAAUAAUAAUAAUGUACACUUAUAUAGCGCUUUUCUCUUAGUGAUCCAAAGUGCUUUACAAUCAGCAAAUACUUAGAAAACAAAUAAUUCAAAUACAACAUAACAGGAUUUAAAACCCCAACUGGCAGGAGGCAACCAGUUGGCUAUUUACAAGUGUGGCCGAGGAUUUCAACUCGGGACGAACGAGAACAAAUCCAGCAAGUCGCCAGAGCGGGACUCGAACCCGGGACCGCCGGAUUGCGAGUGCGACGCACUGACCACUCGGCCACGCUGCCUUAUUUGAGAACAAAUGCUCGCCAUAACAUAUUGUGGGGUGGAGGACCUAAAAUGUGUUAGCCUAAGAUCGAAGGAAUUCACCCCCACAAUCUGACAAAUAUCCUCGUACUUAACGUUUAAAGGUAUGCGCGGCAGAAAAAAAAGUGGAGGUGUUCUGCCCUUAACUAAGGCCUCUUUUUUGGGAUUGUGGUCCUUUAAUAGGAUACCCAUAAGCACAACUGUUCAGAUGUGAUGGAAACAAAAUAAAAGAAGCCAGUUCUAGGCCCAUUUUGCGAUAUAGGUUACCCCUUAAACAGGGUCUCAUUUUUCGUUACUGGGGCGUAAUAUAAAGGGUGUUCAUUUUUAAAUAAUUUCCCUUAACUAGGGUUAGGGCUUUGGGCUAUAGGUCUCCGAUAUCCAUCAACCAGGGGAAGAGUUCUAGUUUUUUUUUUUUUUUUCAAAUGGUGACACCAGAGGACUUGUGUUCAAAGUUAGAACUAAAUUAUGUAAGUCUGUGUUAGACCCUGUAGUGGUUGAAAUAGUAUGGUAAAAGCUGGUGAUUUCUCUUUUCUAAUUGGUAGGAAUGCUUCAAGCAGUACCAGAUGUGAAGGUUCUACGAGUGUACGGCAGAACAAUCGAAGAUCAGACGUUUAAACACUCACUGAGAACUACUCUGUGGACUUCGCAGAGCGUCAUGGAUACAGCUUGCCAAGAUAUCGCUCUGCAUUUCCGCAUCCGAGAGUCAAGCAAUCCCUACUCUUCAAGGAUUGCAACCGCCGAAGAGGCAAUUUCGCGACUGAAAAAGAAACCUACUUCUCAUUGGUUAGUGAGCAACCCGCACUAGCUCGUUCCAUAAUAAUUCCCGCCCUUAGCAAUCCCCUGUUAAUGACUGGUAUGCCGAGGGAUAACGACUUCGAGAUACUGUAAAUUCUGUGACCCGUAAAAUCGCGACUUGAUUGACCAAUCAGGUCAAUAAACAGAGUUUGAUACAAUCUACUGGUGAGACAACUCACUUUGACUCUGAAGAUGACUGCUGCACAGGUUGUCCAAAUGUCAGUCACUGUCAACAGCAGUCCUAUUCAGGACUACAUUCACCCAGACGGUCAUAUUAUUCCUCAACGAGCAAAGAAAGUCAUGUCCGAUAGCCCGUGGCUAAUGGAUUUUGUAAUUAAGUUGCCCUACGGGCAAGUGAAGUUUUUUCCGGGGACAUUCAAAUUACAGAAGACGUGUUAUCAGUCCUGCUAGUCCAAAUCUUUUCGGAUUAGUUAGAAUGACUCUUGGGCUUGUAUGUGCUAGCUACAACUUUCCUGAGGUGCAAGCUGUAAAACUGACUUUCUUUUCUCCCUACAGCUAGUUAUGAAAUGACUCCUGAGCUCAAACCGUCCACCGUUUUAAACAACUAAUAUCUUGUCUUGUUUGCAGCUCCACCUCUGGGAUAGAUCAAGAGAGAGAAAGAGACGAGCUGUGUCGUGUGAUCGAGGAGCUUCGCGAUGCAAUGGACGAAGCUGAAAAAUACGAAAUCAGCCAAAAUGGAACCGAAGUGAUCUUAUGCACGUGCAUAGAGGCUGGUGCGAAACGUGUUAAACGUUAUGCACGUAUUAGUCACGUGGUUAUAGAUGAAGCGAGCAUGUGCUUAGAGGCGGAAACCUUAGUGGCCCUCGCUUCAGCUGGUCAGAGACUGCAGCAAGUGGUACUACUCGGUGAUCACAAGCAACUGGGUGCUGUCAUCACGUGCUCAGCUCCACGAAGGCUUGGUCUUGGCAAGUCUUUGUUUGAAGUGUUGUUUGACAAGCCUGUUGCUGGAAAGGCUUACUCGCGCUGUAUGUUGCAGACGCAAUAUCGUAUGGUAUGUAUAAUAUCGAUCUUUAGAGAGCUUGGCACCCCCAGCCCCCCAUCCCCACCCCCCUUACAUGCAUUUCUUUGAAAUCUGAUUGGCUCAUUUGAAUGCGAAAUCGUGUUGUGAUUGGCCAGACUAAAUAACGUGGUUUUAACUUUCGUAUGCAGCAUCCGAGUAUCAGGGAAUUCCCAUCACAGCAGUUUUAUGACGGCUUGCUGAAUGAUGCUCGUCAGUUAACCAGUCCUGACCAACUGGCUAUCGGUGAUCUGCCUGGAUUCUGGGCCGGAGGGCCGGCAGUUCGUGUCGUGUUUUGUCACGUGGCAGGACGUGAAGAGAGCCCUCAGGACUACACGGGACCCGAGGGACGGGAAGAAUCUAAACACAACCCUCAAGAAGUUCAGGCUGUGGUACGUAGAAUGUAACGUAGUAAUGUUUAUCUCCCGUCUGUUUGUGGCGUUAUUGGUGAUGCAGCUAUUUGUAAUAGUCAUGUAAUUUUCAUUAAAAGUAAAAUCAAUAACAAACUGACUUUUAAUGGGUACAGCACGUUGAAAGACAUAUUACACCACACAUCAUGUGUGGUACAUUUUGCUGUCAAAAACUCUAUGAUAGAUUUUUUGACGGCAGUAUCAUAUUGUCUUUUAGUGAGCCUGUGUAAAACUGCCUUCUCCCCCUAAAAAAAGGGGGGAGGCUGCUCUACACAGGCUACCUAUGAAUUUGCUUCCCCCUGUACCUCAGUAAAUGAAAUAAGCGCCCCAGGUACUACUUCAAACAUUGGCGGCGACGCCUUUCGUCUGCAAUAAGACUUACUAGUAUUUGCAUUCUUUGCAGAUCCGUGUUAUUAGGUAUCUCAUUUCUCAUGGACUGCAGUCCUCUCAAAUUUCUGUGCUCACUCCUUACUCUGCUCAGAGAGCUAAAAUAUCCCGGGCCCUCCAGGCUCAGUUAAAAUCAUGCGAUUCAGAGGUGCUCUCUGUUUUUGCCAGUCAAGGUAUGUAUGGUAGUGUGUUUUGUGAAAGACAGCUGUGAACAUUAGUAACACAGGACCAAGUCAAAUCGUGGUUGUAUAAGACUGAAACAUAAUCCUGUACCCUAUCUACAGUAUUGUUUGAAUAAUCUCCUUAUAGGAUUUUGAUUAUAGACUUAAAGGCAAAAAAAAGUGUUUUACCUUUCUCUGCAAUAUGACGCUGGGAAUAUAAUACGUCUACUCUACGAUGCAAAACAAAGGGGAUUGUCGUAUGGUGUUAAAUUUUUAGAACUCUUUCUUAGAAGACAUCCCGCUCUGUUUGCCAAAUAGUAGGUGGUUUCCGUUUUCUCUGAACAAGUGCACGCUUCAGGUCUGAGAAAAAAAUGCUUGUGGAUGCGCCACAAAAACUGGGCAGCGAGAGCCUUAAUGUUCUAAUCCAUCUUUUAAGCCAGCUAUAACUACCUUUCUUAUCCUUAAAACAAAAAAGUGAAUGUCUUGUUUUAGUGAAGUCAGAAUCAAGCUUUUUCAAGGCUUGUUGAUCGACGAUUGUACGAUUGCUGCAGCUUCUGUUUAACAGAUGUCGAGCAGUUGAAUGUUGACACAGGCCAUUUAUCUUGCUGAGCGUUGGUUAGCAAGAAUAGCUUAAGAGAUUUUCUCUAUUCCGUUCAGCAAGUUGCAAAAAGAGAGGCGCAACAUGCCUUUAUCAACAAAUAUUUUACUGUUUGCCAUCUUUAACAACUAAUGAAUUUAAAAUUGCUAGGUGCUGAGAGGGACUUCAUAGUACUGUCUACUGUCCGCAGUAUGCCAGUGGAGCGGAUUGUUAGCAGCACAGACAACCAACAGUGGUUAACAAGCCAUUUGGGUUUUCUUAUUGAUGAGCGGCAAAUGAAUGUCGCUCUGACACGUGCAAAGCAUGGCCUGAUCAUUAUUGGUGAGUCGCCACUAGCUCUUUAA